UACCGGAGGAGGACAAACUGAAGAGGUCUCCUGGAAUCUAAGAAUUACAACACCACCUCUUCUCUCAACUUUGGAGCCACUGAUUAUCUGCCUCUUCUCCCAUCACAUCGUCCGCAAUGUCCAUACCGCAGCCAACAACCAUGGUCCCUCCUGCCUGCCACUCCCUUGCCACAGUCUGUUCAGGCUCGAACUGCCUUGUACCUCCCAGUAACUUCAAUGAAAUACUGAGCCUGGUGUUGAGCACAGUGCUGACCAUAAUGCUCGCUAUGGUCAUGUUCUCCAUGGGCUGCACUGUAGAUGCCAAAAAGCUGUGGGGCCACAUCAAGAGACCCUGGGGCAUCGUCAUCGGCUUCCUCUGCCAGUUUGGCAUCAUGCCCUUCACGGCCUUCGCCUUGUCGCUGGCUUUCGGCGUGCUGCCUGUGCAGGCCAUCGUCAUCAUCAUUAUGGGCUGCUGUCCAGGAGGCUCCGGCUCCAACAUCAUCUGCUACUGGCUGGACGGGGACAUGGACCUCAGUAUCAGUAUGACAGCCUGCUCCUCUAUCCUGGCCCUGGGGAUGAUGCCUCUCUGUCUGCUCAUUUACACCUCCAUCUGGACUUCCACCAACACCAUCCAGAUCCCAUAUGACAGUAUUGGUAUCACCCUCGUGGCCCUUCUUAUCCCAAUCACCCUGGGAAUCUAUGUGAAACGCAGGUGGCCUCAUUUGGCUAAAAAGAUCCUGAAGGUGGGGUCCAUUGCAGGCUUUGGUCUCAUCAUCAUCAUAGCUGUGGUUGGAGGGAUUCUCUACCAGUCCUCCUGGACCAUUGCUCCCUCCCUAUGGAUUAUUGGCACCAUCUACCCCUUCAUCGGUUUCGGCCUGGGGUUCAUCCUGGCCCGCUUCGUGGGUCAACCCUGGCACAGAUGUCGGACCAUUGCACUGGAGACUGGUUUCCAGAACUCCCAGUUGUGCAGCACCAUUGUGCAGCUGUCCUUCAGCCCUGCUGAACUGGAAGUCAUGUUUGCAUUCCCCCUCAUCUACAGCAUCUUCCAGCUGGUGGUGGCAGUCAUAUCUGUGGGAGCCUACCAGGCAUAUAAAAAGUGUGUCCGUGGUUCAGCUGAUGAAGACAGUGAGGCUCCAUCACUGGAGGCCGGUGACGCUGAACCAGCCAAAGAGAAGCGCUACGCUGUGGAGAACAGUGCCUUUGAGUUGGAUGAGAAUGGGAACAGUGGAGAGAAGGGGAAGGACAUUGAUAAGAACACCCAGCUGUGACAUUUCAACCCAGUAAAGACUUUGGACUGUCAGUGGCACUAAUGAAGACAGAGGGCCACAUUUAACUGUGAGCACACACUGCCCUCUGCAGGCUGCAGGUGUGCACUGCAGAGCGGUUUUGUAAGAACAGGGUUGCCCACGUGUCUUCCCUAGUAUGACCAACUGUUAACUACAAGGAGGGGUGAUGACUAUCACACUGCAUUGUUUUAUGUUGAAUUGUUCCAUAUACGAUAUGAGACCCCUCUUAAUUUAUUCAUUAAUUUAUUCAUAUAUACGUAUAUAAUUAUUUAAGACAACCAUACACUGCACGGUCUGUCAGGAAUGUUGUUCCCACAUUUUUGUGUCUUAUCAGUGAUUCAAACUGAAUGUUUAAUGUUGUUUAGGUGGAUUAACUGAAUGUCUGUAUACAUACAGUACUGUAUAUCUACUGUAUUUUGCACUGAAUGGUGGAAUAUACAGCCACGUACAAAUACAGCAUGUUUAUGUGACAUUCAUGACUAAGGUGACAGGACGCAGAGUUGUAUCAUAUGUGGACAAUUGUGGGCUUUUCUGACAGUCAGUGUUUCACAGGCAUUGAGUUGUCAAAGCCAUUUUAAUGUUUUUUAUGUUUAAAAAGUUCUGGGUUUUUUUAUCCUUAUUCUCUAUUUCUCAUGUAGCAGAUGAAAUCGUGGCUAUUACAGAUGAACUUUGGCAUUUGGGACCUGAUGAAAACUUUCAGCUCCUUUCAGUUAUUGACUCUAUACCUCAUACCAAUAGAUACAUAGAAGUAAGGUUGAUAGAUAAGGACAGGAGGACAGGGCUCAUUACGGUUCUGAAAUACUGUAUGUCAGUGGUUUUACAUAUCAGUCCGACUGGAAGACACAGCCAAUAUACUGGGUUUAUUUAUAAUACAUAUUCACUCUUUAGAUAAUUUAUUUAUCCACUGUGCUGUACAAAUGUGACAAACUGAAUUCAGUGUGCUACUAAAGGCAUAUUUCAUAAUAAGUGAUUACUAAUUUACUUUCAGUCUAUUUAACACUUUUCUUGUCUUUUCAUGGAUAUAAAAUAUUUUACAAAACUUCCGUAUGUUCCUAUUUUAGAAAUGUGCCGGCUGAAAGAAUGUAUUUUUAU